CUGUUACGCCUGUUACGCCUGUUACGCCUGUUACGCCUGUUACGCUUGUUACGCCUGUUACGCUUGUUACGCCUGCUUCAGGUAGUACAGAGGUCGUACGGAUUUUAAAUAAAACCGUUUGACUAAAAAUUUUUGAUCGACUUCCUCCUUUUCCUAAUUUAAUACCAUGGACACAGGUAAAUCUUUCUUUAACAAAUGAGGUAAUUUUUCAUUCCAGAUUGACCGUUCUACCAGUGUCGGAUGAUUUGCUUACCUACAAGCUUCCGGAAGAUUAUCGUCCAGGAAGUGACAUUUUGAGCAAGAAUGUGGCGAAGCAUCAAGCAGUCAUCGACCUGAUCACCAGGUCGUUACUAAAUGUUGCUGACAAUACUUAUUGCAUUGCUCCUACAGAGUGGCCAGAUUCUAUGAGAUGCGAUGUUCUGUACUUGCCUCGUUUGGCCGUUCAAAGGGAUCUACCACCGAUUAUACUUGAAAUCCAGUGUACAGUCAAUCAGGACUAUAUGAACCACGCAAUACAGUACUGCCUCCAUGCAUAUCGGAUGUACAAGAAGCUUCCUAUCCUAGUAACUGUUUGCAUCGAAAGAGUGUCUCCAAGCAGUCUAAUGGACACAUUCAAGCCAUGUAUGGAGCAGCCGUUCAUGUAUGAGAUGUCUUGUACAUUUUGGGCAAAUCGAUGCCUUUUUCUCUCGAAAUCCACCAUACAAGGCCACACGGAUGAAAACAACUUGCAUCCACUAGUGGCUUUCACGAUGUUCCUAACGCACAAACAAAGAUGCAUUUUGACACUAACAAGAUGGGAUGAUCCAACAGUCCAGCAACUGUACUUAAUUGCAAGACAGACGAUUGAGGGGAUAGAAAAAGAACAGGAUGAAAGAAUUAUUGUUUUGCAAACGAUCUGCGAAGUAAACGAAACACAGUAUAAGAAGAUUCAAGAUUGCCUGAAAGACGAACCUCCAAAGAUAUCCAAGGCCUUGCGGUACACCGAAGAUGGCAGAGAGUAUAGUGCACGAUUGAAAAGGAAAUAUGAGGAGACUGCAAGUGCCAACGAAGUUCCAAAGGAAAGUGUCACGCCGAUGGAGGAGCCUCCAGCUAUUGCCAAGGUACACAAGCCAAGCAACUUUGAGAUCAGCGCCAUGAAGUUUGUUGAGGAAUACGCAUCCCAUAAUGUUGGGAAAGUUAAUUGGAGCAGCUGUUUUGAAGAGGGCGUAAAGCAAGGAAAAAUAACUCGUUACGGUUCAGGCAAUAGUCUGCGAGUCACUUACAAUAAAUUUAAAAAGCAAAACAAAUAUGAAUAAAUAAAUCUUUCAAUAUGUCUGUAAAGUAGCAGCGAAAUUAACAAGCGUAACAAGCGUAACAGGCGUAACAGGCGUA